GAGAUCUCUCUCUCUCUCUCUCCCUCUCUCUCUCUCUUCGUCCCCUCCACCCUCGAAUUCUAGGGUUAGGGUUACGCCAUGCGGAACGCCCCCCCCGCCUCCACCGCCGUCUACGGCACCGUCCGCGCCGCCGCUGCUCCGCCGUCGCCGCGCGCUUCUGCCCCUGCCUACGGCUCCAUUCCCAUUCCCAACCCAACGUCCUGGGCCCCCGCCUCUUCCUCCCCCUCCCCCUCCGGCUACGUAAAGAUCCCCGCCGCCGCCGCCGCCGCCGCCGGUCCUCCGCAGGCGCACCUUCCCCCUGGGGCGGCGCCUCUGCCGUCCCCGGCCACCCGCGUCGCCGACCUCGUCGCCCGCAUCAAGGAGCAGGGCCAAGCUCUAAUCGCGGCGCGGCGGCCGUGGCAGGAGGCGCUCCACGCCGCCGCCUUCUCCCGCCCCUCGAACGUCGGCGAGGCCACCGCCCGGAUCCGCCGCAACGCCGCCUACUUCCGCGCCAACUACGCGAUCGCCAUCCUCGUCGUCCUCCUCCUCGGCCUCCUCUGGCACCCCUUCUCCAUGAUCUCCUUGGUCGCCCUCCUCGCCGCGUGGCUCUUCCUCUACUUCUACCGCACCGGGCCCCUCGUCCUCCUCGGCCGCACCUUCGACGAUGGCACCGUCCUCGCCGCCCUCUCCGGGGUCACCGUCGUCGCCCUCCUCUUCACCGACGUCGGCUGGAACGUGAUCGGGUCCAUCCUCGUCGGAGUGGCCAUCGUCGGGGUCCACGCGGCGUUUAGGUCCACGGAUGAUCUCUUUCUCGACGAGCAGGAGGCCGCUGGUGGUGGAUUCAUCCCCGGCAUGGUCGCGCCGGUGCUUCCGGCCUACGCUCGGAUAGUGUGAUCCCCAAUCCUUUUAUCCCCAAAUUUCAGAUUGAAAUUUAGGGUUGUCUUAUUCAGGGCUUGCAGGCUAAAAUUGUGAAUAAUAGAAGAUCACUUGAAGGAUUCUUGUUGGAGGUCCAGGUUUGAAAUUUUUUUGUGGAAUUGCUGCUUAUAUUAUAGUGUAAGCUGAUGCUUUGGUUGCAUUUUGAUCGGAUUGUAUGGGUUGGUUUCUUGUCUCGCUGUUAAUGUGUUGUUGUUGUAUUUUUAUUUAUUUUUUUCCUCCUGUGUUCUGGCAAAUUCUUCUUCGCUUCCUGUUUUAUGUAUGUUAUUUUAGCCUUUUAAUUAGAUUGUUGUAUUUAUGGUUGUUUAUGUAUUGGGAUCUUCUGAUUUUACCCGAGUUGCUGUUGGGUUGUUGUUGAUUGAAUAAACAUCUUGUUGAGUUACAAGCUUGACCUUUAUAAA